AGACGAAACAUGCCAUGCUGCGACUUCGCUUCCUGUUUUGAUGCAGAUGUGCUAAGCUUCCACACAAAAAGAGGGAGAUGCGGUAUGUGUGCCAGCACUCUGCCUGAGCAUUCGCUUUAAUCCAAACAUUGUGCCGAUUAUGAACAUGACAUCGUUUGGUUUUAUCGCAGGCCUACGUGAAAAUACACAUGACAACAGACAGCAUUGUUUUGUUGUAGGAAAUAUUAUUUGGAAGAAAAAAAAAAGUUGGUUCCAGGAUCCUAUAUAAACAAUAAUUUGCACGUUUUGGUAGACCACAUUCAUAGCCGACGUGUUAAUCAAGCAAAGUUUUUGGGUGAUACAUGGAAGACGGGCAGACUCUGUUUGACUACAAUGUGGGACUCAACGACAUUGUGCAGCUGCUGAUCCGCUCGCAGGCAGACCCUCCCGACACUAAAGGCAAGAAGAAAGACGAAGACAGCGUCGGCGGCUCCAGCUCCAGCAACAAUGGCAAGAAAUCCUUGAAUCCGCUGUCAGACAAUCAGCCCUCCACGUCAACUCGCACAUUCCUCAUUGACCCUGGCAUCGGCAUGUACAAGAUAAACGAGCUGGUGGACUGUCGGGAUGUGAGCAUUGGGGCCUGGUUUGAAGCCAGCAUAGAAAAUGUGACUAGAGCCACAAAGGGACAUAAUGGCAAGGCUUCGGCUAAAAUGAGCAAAAGGACUAACGGAAAGCUGGAAAUAGACCAAAACCAUUCAUCCCAGGACAGUAAUGGGAAAUCCACCUUUAACUUGGACAGUGCACCUUCCACCUCUUACACAAACUUCUCGGACAAUGAGGAGGAUGUUAUUUAUCAUAUCAAAUAUGACGACUAUCCUGAAAAUGGUGUUGUUGAAAUGUGUGCGGAUGACGUUCGGGCCCGUGCGCGAACCCUUUUAAAAUGGGAUCACCUUCGGGUUGGCCAGAUGGUAAUGGUGAACUACAACAUUGAGGUUCCAGAAGAGCGAGGCUUCUGGUUCGAUGCAGAAAUCACCUCUUUGAAAGAGAUCUCGAGAACAAAUAAGGAAGUCAGAGUGAAAAUCCUUUUAGGGGGCCCAGAGGAUGUGAUUAAUGACUGCAAACUCAUCUUUUUGGAGGAGAUCUACAAGAUAGAGAAACCAGGGGCACCUCCACUGACUUCUGCAGACGGGCAGUUUAAACGGAAAAGCGGGCCGGAGUGCAAGCACUGCAAGGCGGACCCUGACUCGGAGUGCCGGUUCUGCUCGUGCUGCGUGUGUGGCGGGAAGCAGGAUGCCCACAUGCAGCUGCUGUGCGACGAGUGCAACAUGGCUUUUCACAUCUACUGUCUCAAUCCACCGCUCAGCAGGAUCCCCGAGGAUGAGGACUGGUACUGCCCCACUUGCAAAAAUGACACCAGUGAGGUUGUGAAAGCAGGAGAGAAAUUAAAGCAGAGUAAAAAGAAGGCCAAGAUGCCGUCUGCACACACUGAAAGCCAGCGAGACUGGGGCAAGGGAAUGGCCUGCGUGGGCCGUACGAAGGAAUGCACAAUCGUACCUUCCAACCACUAUGGACCUAUCCCUGGCAUCCCAGUCGGAACAACGUGGAAGUUCAGAGUGCAGGUGAGUGAAGUGGGAGUCCACAGACCGCACGUGGGAGGAAUCCAUGGCCGCAGUAAUGACGGAUCCUAUUCAUUGGUGUUAGCUGGAGGGUUUGAAGAUGAAGUGGACAGGGGAGAUGAGUUUACCUACACUGGGAGUGGAGGUAGAGAUCUCUCUGGUAACAAACGCAUUGGGGAGCAUUCCUUUGACCAAACACUGACCCACAUGAACAGGGCGCUGGCACUCAAUUGUGACGCACCUCUGAAUGACAAGGACGGAGCAGAGUCCAGGAACUGGCGGGCUGGCAAGCCUGUCCGCGUGGUCCGGAGCUCCAAGGGGCGCCGCAUCAGCAAGUAUGCUCCCGAAGAGGGCAAUCGAUACGAUGGGAUUUACAAGGUGGUGAAAUACUGGCCAGAAAUUGGGAAGUGUGGUUUCUUGGUUUGGCGUUACUUGCUGAGACGUGAUGAUUUGGAGCCAGCGCCUUGGACGCCAGAAGGGCUGGAGAGGACAAAUAAACUUGGCCUGUCAGUGCAGUAUCCAGAGGGAUAUCUGGAAGCAAUGGCUAAUAAGGUGAAAAAAGACAAAACCAAAAGGAAUUCUGGGAAACAAAAGAAGGAGAAAGGAGAGAAACAAGUAGUAGAGAAGAUGAAAAAGAAGGAAGAGGAGGAUGAGGAGGAGAAGGAGGAGGAGAAGGAGAAGGAUGAGGACGAAGAGGAAGAGGAAGAGGAGGAGGAGGAGGAAGUGGUGAAACCGGAACCGGAGGCCCAGAGCAACGGCAGCCGGAAGAGACCUCAGGAAAAAGUUAUACAGGAAGAUGAAAUCCCAGCUAAGACCACAAAGCUGGCAGACAAGGGGGAAGCCUUCCAGCUGUCCCCACAGCAGCAGUGGCUCAUCAAAGAGGACUGUCUCAACAAGAAGCUGUGGGACGAGGCACUCGGCUGUCUCAUUGAGGGACCGAGCUUCCUGAGGAAGGUGGAAGAGAUCUUCAUGUGCGUAUGUUGCCAGGAGUUGGUUUUCCAGCCUGUCACAACAGAGUGUCUUCACAAUGUUUGCAAGACAUGCUUGCAGAGGUCUUUUCGUGCAGAGGUGUACACCUGCCCAGCCUGCCGCCAUGACCUGGGAAAGGAUUACAUCAUGGUCCUCAAUAAGAUCCUCCAGUCCCUCCUGGACCAGUUCUUCCCUGGCUACAGCAAAGGUCGAUGAGACAAACAAUCACAAGAGACCACCGUGCUCAACCAGAACCUUGUAGAGGCUGCUGGUUUUCCUCCACCUCCUCCUAACCAGGCAGAUCCAUCAACAGCCUGAGAGGACAUUCCCACACCUAUAUCUUCUACACCCAAGAGGAAACUGGAUUCUCAUGCCCAGCAAUUCCAUCGUCUUUAUCUCUCUCUAUCUUCGACCUGUAUCCAAGGUAGUUGCUGCCAACUGAACUGUAUAGUCUAGGAGCCAGUUUCAAAAAUAGCCUUGUUUUCGAGUUGGUUGUACCCAAAUUACAGAAAAGGUUUGUCAAUUGUAUCUGAAACCAUGAUGAGUGAUGAUCAUUUUUAGCUUGGGUGUCAUUCUGUAUUCAGUCGCCAAAUGUUAUUUUUCAGCAGGUGAACUUGUGUAUUUUUAUAAAUCAGCUGCUGCGGCCGUUUCUUCAACAGCUCAUAAAAUAUAACGAAUUUGUGAUGCUAUCUUUUGUAUUUUUUUCUGUUUAUGGUACUCACCUUGGAAAAAUAUAAUAUUACCUUUCAUUUUGACCUGUGACCUAAUAUGACUUCCAUAUUGGGGUCACGUGACUCUCUUGUUUCCAGAUAAUAUGACCAAACUCUUUGAAAUACUGGCUUCAUAUUUGGUACAUAUCUUUAUUCCAAGCUCAAGUUCAAUUGUUGGUGUCACUUUGUAAAACAGCAAGAGAGAAAGGUAGUCAGCUGGACUUUUGUUUGUUUGGCCCACUUCA